AUGUCUGCGUUCAUUCCGUUUCUUGGACGCAUCUCUUUCACCGACUACGUCAUCCUGUUCUUGGUAAUGGUUGAAAAACUACUGACGGUGGUGCUGAACUGCAUUCCGAAGAUUUGGAUGGACACAGUAACGGCAGUGAUUAAUACCUUUACUAGAGGUGCAUUGGGACCCGUAGAUGAGCUUUCGCAACAAUUACGUGAUGCUAAAAAUAUUCAUGAAAUGGGCCAAAUCUUCGGAGUUGAUAUCGAAGACCACAUUGUACGCACCGAAGAUGACUACCUACUGACGUUACACCGCCUGGCUCCGUCGCCAGAAAACAACAACGGACAAGUGGUCUACUUGCAUCAUGGACUUUUGAUGUGUUCGGACAUCUGGAUGUGCCACACACAACGGGAGUGCAACUUGCCAUUAGUACUGCAUUCUCUGGGCUUCGAUGUCUGGAUGGGUAACAACCGGGGAAAUAAAUAUUCGACGCAGCAUUUGUCCAAGGGUCCCAAAACUCAGGAUUUUUGGAGUUUUUCAAUCGAUGAGUUCGCAUUUUUCGACAUCCCAAAUUCCAUCGAGUUUGUACUGGAUCACACGCGGCAGGAGGAGUUGAUAUGCGUGGGGUUUUCCCAGGGCUCUUCGCAGACAUUUGCCGCUCUGAGUGUGCGUGAAGACCUGAACGAAAAAGUAAGUCUCUUCGUUGCCAUUGCGCCCGCAAUGACGCCACAAGGGUUGCACAAUCGAAUUGUCGACACACUACUAAAGUCCAGUCCACGCGUGAUGAAUUUAUUUUUUGGAAACCGCAUAUUAUUGCCGAGUGCAACCGUCUGGCAAAAAACACUACCACCGUCGCUGUUCAACAUCAUUAUCGACCUUGCCAAUCGGUUUCUCUUUGACUGGAAGUCGUACAACAUUUCGUCCGAGCAGAAACACGCCUCUUAUGCCAAGCUGUACUCGACCACCAGCGUUAAAAGUGUUGUUCACUGGUUUCAGAUUCUUCACGCACAACGGUUUCAAAUGUUCGAGGAGCACGACGUGGUUAUGAACUCGUGGAACCCUACCCGUUCCUACCAAAUCACAACUUUCCCCACGCGCACCAAUAUCCGCAUCCCAGUUUUGUUGUUGUACGGAGGUUCCGAUUCGCUGGUCGACAUCGAAGUUAUGAAGGCGAAUUUGCCCGUUUCUCAAGUAUUUGACGUAAUGAUUCCUGCUCACGAGCACUUGGAUCUUCUAUGGGGUCGCGACGUCGGAAACCUGGUGAUUCCAAAUUUGCUGCGUUUCGUCUGGUUCUUCAAGGAUGUCAAGGCACUAGAAGAGGGCACUGCAUUUGACUCUACUAAUGAACUUGCUAGUCCUUUCACCAGAAAGUACAGUGAUAGCGUUGUUACCAAAGCGCCAUAG